AUGUCGCUGGGGCGGGUGCUGGCGCAGCAGGAGGCGGCCAUCCUCGACGCACAGAUAGGGCAGCUAGGGGAAUGCAAGUUUCUGUCAGAGUCAGAUGUCAUUGAACUGGCGGCCAAGUGCAAGGAGCUGCUGCAGCAGGAGCCCAAUGUGACGCACGUGAAGGCGCCUGUGGUAGUGGUGGGCGACACCCACGGCCAGUUCCACGACUUACUCGAGAUAUUCAAGAUUGCGGGGCGGGCGCCUGACACCAAUUAUUUGUUUCUGGGGGACUAUGUGGACCGCGGAUACUACAGCGUGGAGACGGUCUGCAUGGUCAUAGCACUGAAGGUGCGGUGGCCGCAGCGCGUUGUCAUCAUCCGCGGCAACCACGAGAGCCGGCAGAUCACACAGGUGUACGGCUUUUACGAGGAGUGCCUGCGGAAAUACGGCAGCCCGCGGAUAUGGCAGGUGCUGACCGACCUGUUUGACAGUCUGCCCCUGGCGGCCGUGAUUGAGAACCAGCUCUUCUGCCCCCACGCCGGCCUGUCGCCCCAGAUGGACACGGUGGACCAGAUCAACGGCCUCAGCAGAUUCGAAGAGGUGCCCCACGAGGGCCCCAUGUGCGACCUGCUGUGGAGCGACCCCGACGACCGCAUGGGCUGGGGCAUCUCGCCGCGAGGCGCGGGGUACACCUACGGCCAGGUGCGCGGCGCACGCGCGCUGCCGAGGGGUUGGUCAUGA